AUGGCCAUCAACGCGGAGGCGCCGCUGGCGCGGGCGCUGGAGGGCUCCCCGCCGCCGCCGCCGGCCGAGGCGCACGAGACCGAGGCGCUGCUGACGGCCGCCCCGCCGGGCCAGCCCUCGCCGUCGGGGGCCGCGGAUCCGGCCCGGCCGGCCGAGCCCAACGGCCACGGCUGGCCCUGCAAGGCCGGCUCGGAGGGGCGGCUGGAGGGCGCGCCGCGCUCGCCCUCCGGCCUCAGCCUGGGCCGCGCCUCCUCCACCCUCACCGCCUCCCACCUCCACGAGCCCCACCGGCCCGACGACUACCUGCUGCUGGCCAUCUUCUCCUGCUUCUGCCCCGUCUGGCCCGUCAACGUCCUGGCCCUGGUCUUCUCCAUCAUGUCUAGGAACAGUGGCCAGCAGGGAGAUAUGGAUGGUGCACACAGGCUCGGACGCGUGGCCAGGUAUCUCAGCAUCCUUUCUAUCGUCCUGGGUGUUAUCAUCAUCAUCUUCUGCUCGUUGAAGUUUGCAGCUAACAGACACAUCCAGAUCAGCAGCUUGCAGAGAGAUGAAUGGGUGCACCUCUUGGGACGGCUGACUUUCUCACAGACAGUGGUCUGGACCUAG